AUGCACCAAAUUGUUCAAGACUUUGACAACACCUUUGGUCUCAAGAUUCAUGGCAAAUUACACUAUUUCCUCGGCAUUGCUGUCCAUCACACUCCAUAUGGUUUACUCUUAAAUCAAAGCACCUAUGCUCAAGAUCUGUUAGUCAAAUAUGGAAUGCAAAAUUUCAAUCCUUUCUCCACACCAAUGAUACUUGGUUCUAAAUUGGCCUUUGAAGACAAUCCACUCCUUGAUCAGCCUUCAAUUUAUAGGAGUCUUAUUGGCGCACUCCAAUACCUUACCCUCACGCGUCCUGACUUGUCCUUUGUGGUCAACAAACUCAGCCAAUUCCUUAAAGCUCCAACAGUAAAUCAUUGGCAAGCUUGCAAGCGUAUCCUUCGGUAUGUUCAAGGGACUAUUCAUCAUGGUUUAACCUUCACCAAGAGUGACACCUUGCAACUGGAAGGUUACGCUGAUGCUGAUUGGGCUGGCAACGUUUCUGAUCGCAAAUCCACCACCGGAUAUUGCAUCUUCCUUGGUUCCAAACUGGUUCAGUGGUGUUCCAAAAAACAAUCAGUGGUGGCUUUGUCCUCAACUAAAGCCAAAUAUAGAGCUCUUGCCCAAGCCUCAACCGAAAUUGCUUGGCUUCAGAACUUGUUCCAAGAGUUGUGCAUCUCCCUCCCUAGAAUUCUUGUUCUAUGGUGCGACAACACCAGUGCGGGAGCUCUGGCUUCAAAUCCAGUUUUCCAUGCCUGCACAAAGCACAUCAAAAUCGAUGUUCGCUUUGUUCAUGAGAUGGUCUAUUCCAAACGACUUGUUGUCCAAUAUGUUGCUACUGCCUUCCAAGUGGCUGACAUUCUAACUAAACCUCUUUCUGGUUCUCACUUUUGUGCUCUUCGUGAUCAACUUCACUUAAUGUCAUCUGCUUCCUCUUCCUCCUUCUUGCUUGAGGGACAAUCAGGAUUAAGGCAAGCUGCAAACUUUGAAUUGAAGGAUGAUCAGGAAGAUAACAAAUGA